UCAGGCACCCCUUUCUCCUCAGGAAAACUACCCAGACCCACUCUGUGGGCCCAGCCGGGCCUUGUGGUGGUCCCAGGGACCAACAUCACUCUCUGGUGCUCAAGGCCCAGUCUGGCUUCUCCUGAGGAGGUGACUUUCACUCUGUGGAAGACUGGAACCUGGCAGCCCUUACAGAACCAGAACUCAGCAGAUCUCUGGACUGACUUCUCCCUCCCUUCUGUCAGACCUGAGGACACUGGGAGCUACAGAUGUACUUACAAGGACAGGACAGCCUCUGAUGCACAAUCAGAGUUCAGUGAGGCCCUGGAGCUGGUGGUGACAGGAUCUCUGCCCAAGCCUUCCCUCUCAGCCCUCCCAGGCCUGGUGGUGGAGCCUGGGAAGCAUGUGACUCUCCAGUGCAGGAAGCCCCCUCGGUCAGCACUCUGGAGAGCGACAUUCACUCUGCUGAAGGUGGGCAGCCCUCAGCCCCUGCAGAGCCAGAGCACAUCUGGUAUCUCGGCUUACUUCCCCCUCCUCUCUGUGAGGGCCCAGGAUGCUGGGAACUACACCUGUGUCUACUCUGAAAGAAUGACUCCAUACCAGGUGUCAGAGCCCAGUGAUGCCCUAGAGAUCUGGGUGACAGAUGCACUCCCCAAGCCUUCCCUUUCAGCCUGGACUGGUCUAGAGGUAGCGUCGGGGAGCAAUGUCAUCCUCCUUUGCUGGGGAUCCUCAUGGAUACCUAGGUUUGCUCUGUACAAGGAGGGAGUUGAGGGAAUCCUGCACAGCAUGGAAGCGCAUGAAGACCAGGGCAAGUUCUUCUUGACCCAUGUUACCUCCAAGGACUCUGGCAAUUACAGCUGCAGCUAUCAGCUGGGCACCAAUGAAAGUCUCUGGAAGCAGCCUAGUGAUGCCCUGGAGCUUCUAGUAAGAGAUGAAGAAGAGAUCAGCGAAACAACAAGAGGACCAUUGGUUCCCAUGGCCGACGAUCCACAGGAAGAGACACACACUCAGCUGAACAUAAGAGCAUCGAAUAAGAGGAAAACUGACACCAAGAAGACACCAACAGAAGCCACACUCUAUGUCAAUAUGAACUGA